CUCAGCUCCAUGGUAGCUUUGGCCCGCCUAACUGCCUCCCUACAAGCACGAGCAGAGGAGGUAUAUUCAUUUUUAGCCAUAGCUAAACUGAGCAGAGGAGGGGACUGCCCUGAAUCCCAGGGCUUGAAAGAAGGCUCCUGGUGGCGGGAGCUCUCUGUCCAUGGAGGGCAUGCUGUACUGCCCUGUCACAUACUUCAGUCAUUUACUGCUUUCCAACUUAUUAGUGUGUUCAGUGCAUUUCAGUUCCUGCAGUGGAGUGGGGAGAGGGGCUGCCAGAUGUGGGGAACUAGCAAGCAAACUCCACCCCCACCCCCCCAGGCCUAGCCUGCUGCCACUGCUUGCCUGGUGCCCCUCACUGCUGACCCACAGCCCCCUGUUGUCCUGAGUCCAGGCUUCCUGUGCCCAUGCAUGGCCCUACCAGUGUCUGUUAAACACAAGGUUGCUGUGUAAUUCCCUGGCACCCUGACCAAUGUUUGCUGGUAAUCCACCACUCCCCCAAGACUCCCUGGUGCAGGGGUGCUCCAGCAUGCUGGGGCAUAUGCACCUGUGCUGUUUGCCUUUUCCUCACCCAUGCCUGCCUCUAAUUUGGAGAAGUUCUGAUCUGCAUAGCAUAUUCCCAUGGGCCAGAUCAUGGGCAGAGGAAGUAAGCUGCUCAACUCUUUGGUAUCUCCUUUUCAGGGCAUACAUUGAGUUGCUGCCCCCACUGGGUAGGCUGUGUAUUUUGGUUUGAACCCCUUGGUUCAGGCUUUGAUUCCCCAGAAACCUGUGGUCUCCAGAACCAUCAUCCCUCAGUCAGGGACCCUGGGAGGCAGCCUGUGUCCUGGACUUGCUGCAUUCCAAGACUGUGCCCAGUCUGCCAGCCCCCUGCUGACUUGGCAAGGGGGAGCCAUCAUCAUGGGAUGCCAGCCGAAGCCACCUGUUUAGUAGCCUAGGGCACUGACACCUCAGUCCUUGAGAUGCCCCAGUGGAAUACAGUUCCCACUCAGGCUACAGCCUGCAGUGGCAGCAGGAACUGACCCCAUGACUUGGGACUGCCCCUCCAUGACCCUCUUUCUGAGCCCACUCGCAGCUCCCCAGCUGCCACCUUCCCUGCAGAAGCAUUGCCCUGCCGGGGCCCUUCAGCCAAUGCCCUCGAUAUUUGCAGAUCAGGGAGCUGCCCACUCUCCUAGUUUCCUUCUCUGUGGCCACACUGUGGAGCCAGGAAGCCCCCAGAUCCUCUCCCACCCAGCCCUCUUGACUGUUUUCUCUCUCAUUAUUGUAGUGAAUUCUUUGCUGUCCAGAUUGUUAUCUUCCCUGAACAUCACUUCCUCACUCCCUUCCUGGCUGCUCCUGUUCGCCCCAGAGCGACCAGGGGAUAGGCUGUGCAGUCUGCGGGGGGCAGGGCUCCACACUGCCCAGCAAGGAGCCCUCACACUGGGAUCAGUCUCAGCAGUCCUAGCCUUGGCCCCCAGUGGGUAACAACUGCCCUGAAGCACUGGCUCCCUGGUGCUCUUUGUUGGCACCUGGGCUCCACGGGACAGAAGAGGGGCUUGGACUCUGUACCCUGCAAGAAGGGCAGGGCUGUUAAUGGAUUCAGAGUAGCGAAUUGGUGGCAGGGGAUCCUGGCACCCUGAGGCUUCAGAGGAAGCCCAGCUUGGAGCUCCCUGGAAUUCACCAUGGAGGAACGUGCCCGUCAUCAGGCCCCAUUCAUGGCACCUGGCUAAGUUUUCAGAGGUCCGGAAUGAGUCUGCCACCAUGCACUGUCCCUCAGAUGCCUUCAGUCUGUCUUGGCACUCAGGAUGUGAUGCCAGUGAUCUGUCUCUGCAGUGGAACCAGAUCUCUCGCCAUUGCAGCACUGACAAAAGCAGCUCCAUUGGGAGCAUGGAGAGCCUGGACCAGCCCAGCCAGGCAUACUACGAAGGCCAUCUCUCCCCCAUUGACCAGAGCUUGUACCAGAACAAGAGGGACUCAGCCUACAGCUCCUUCUCAGCCAGCUCUAACGCCUCGGACUACGCCCUGUCAUUGCGGCCUGAGGAGACCUCCUCCACCGACUCCAUCCUCCAGGGCUUAGGCCCCUGCAAGCACCACGACGGGCGCUACCUGCAGACAGGCACAGAUGGGGCUGAAUCCCCAGGCAGAGCUGGCUUGCACCAGCUAGGUGGCCACCCAGCACCCAACUCCAGACCAUCCUCUUGCCCUCACGAGAGCAACUUCUCAAACUCUUCUAAAGCACCCAUCCCUCCCCAGCCCCCCAUGAGGAGAGACAGCCUUCAGGUUUCCAACCCGCAGCCAGCUGGCACAGACAAACGUCGUGCCUCUGCCCCACCCAACUCCCUGCAACUCAAAGGCAGGUGGACCUCGGACACCUUCCUGUCACAGCAUGACAAAGAGCACGAGGGGCCCUGCGGUCAGGCUCUGGGGAUGUGCCCAGGCUACCCAAAGGAGCGUCUUUCGGCUGACCAGUACUACAUGCUGAGCUCCCACCCAGACAGGCAGCAGCACAGCACUGAGCAGCUUGUGGGAGAGAGUUUGGAGCAUCCUCAAGGGGUGCACGGGCUGCAUCAGGACAGAAGUGCCCCUGGCAGGGACACAAGUGCCAUGGCAGAGAGAACAGCCAAUGGUGAUCUGCCCCCUUCUCUUUGGAAAGGGCACAUGGCUCACCGGCACAGUGCCCCUGAGCAACUUCUGGCAUCCCAGCUCCACUCUCUGGAAGUAGCCAGUGGCAGCCAGGACUCCCAGGUGCUGCCUGUUCAGGAUGGGCACCAGUGGACUGUGUCCCCUUUGCACUCAGAGCAGCAGAGCCCAAGCUGGUGCCCCCUGGCUGCCAAAGACCUACCCUGUGGUGACCCAGCUGUGGCCAAGGAGUGGGCUAACGACCAUGCUACAGAAUCCCAGUGCUCUGCAGGCUCAGCCCAGGAUGUAGGGCAUUGCCAGUCACCCUACAGGUGUUCCCCAGAGCCAGAGAGGCCCUGUGGUGAACCAGGGGAGCCAGCUGCUCUGCAGUGGUCUGCCAGCCUGAUGCCUGCCUGCAGUAUUGAGAUGCUAGCAAGAGAGGGGAAAGAGCAUGAGAAAAGCAGGCCAGCCACUAGGAAGAUGGGCCCCUCCCAUCACCGCUCAGCUCAUAUGCGGCGAAGGAAUGAGCGCUUUGCCACCAAUCUGCGCAAUGAGAUCCAGAAGACAAAAGCCCAGCUCCAGAAAAGCAAGGGCUCUUCAACCUUGCUGUGCGGGGAGGAACUGGUGGAAGAGACUGACGAGCCCUCCAAGAGCACCCCCUCCAGGCCGGUGUCCCCUCUUGCCCCUGCACCCUCUCCCCCUGUGCAAAGCCAAGUGCCCAACCCAGGAGACAGGAGCUCAACUAGCAUGGCUCGAGCCAGACCAGAGCCCCUCAAUCCCGAGCCAGAUGUGGCUUCUACCGAGGAGGCCAACAGGAGCCCCAGGCACCUGACUGACAGGAAUGUCCCAGUGCCAGAGACUGUGAGGAAGGGCCCCUGCCCACCUCCUCCUGACAAGGAGAAGCCAAUGGCCCUGGCAGGCAGGUGCCGGUGGAAGUGGUCUCCGGAGCACAAGCUGCAGCCUCACCUGCCUCAGGACUCCCCAAGCCCUCAUGAGGCUGAGGUGUAUACCAAGGGCCCAGAUGCCCCAGUGUCCCCACCACGGCUGCCCGAGGAUGCUGUCCUCCUGCCCUUUGCUGACAGGAGAAAGUUUUUUGAAGAGAGCAGCCGAUCUAUCCCUGGAGCCCACCACCCUGGCCGGCAUAGGAAGCUAGCCAGCUUCCGACCCAAAGCAGCAGAGUCCAACACCUUCCAGCCUGUGGAUGUGGAGCGCUGGGACCUGAGGCGCCACUCCAUGGACCAGUCAUACACACCACUCUCACCCGGAAAGCAGAAUGCUGCUGCCUGCCCUGAGUGCUGCCUGGACCCCCCUGUGUGCUACAAGCCCAUCACACGGCACAGAGACUUUGAAUACCUCCGGGCCUUUCCUUACACCUGCACUGUGCCAGGGCCAGUGGUUCACGAGCCCUGCCACUACUGCUCUAGGGACAUGUGCCCUAGCCUGGUCCCCAGAAACAUGCAGACCACCCACCAUGGUUACCACUGCCACCCCCACCCAUGGGCACGUUGCUCUGAUUGCUGCUGCCCAUCCUCACACAAGGUCCUAGAGGAGAGUGAGCCCUGGCCUCUGCAAAAGAGCUUCAUUCCAGAAUUUCCUCUGGACGAAUGGGAGCCCGCAGCAAUAAACAGGAAGGCCAGCCAGUCAGUGAGUGAACUGUCGCACUACAAGAUCAGCUUCCAGAGGGGGGGCCCAUUCCAGCCCUGCUUUGAGAGCUCUGAGCAAGAGUGGCCCAAGUGCUACCGGGCCACGUCCUCCCUAGACCUCUCCUGGGACGGUGAUCAAGCUGCACAAGGGCUGAAGAGCCCAGCUUAUGAGGAGAGCCUGCCAGAGCUGCUGCACCGCCCACUCCGUGGACGGGCAUUCUCCGAAAGCCACCUCACCAUAGAGCCUCCGAGUCCCAGGCGCAUGGAGAGAAGAGACAUCCCCUCAGCUAAGCUAGACGAGACUAGGCCAGAGCCUCCACGUCCAACCAGAAAGAAAGGGCCACCCCCUCCACGACCCCCACCCCCCAACUGGGAGAAGUACAGGACUCGCCGGGCAUCCCAUUACCACGUCUACCCUCCUGAAUCCUCGGGGUCCAUCUCAGCCUUCACAACAGUGCCCUUGGAGCAGUCCCACCAGCAGAAUCGAAGCUCUGUAGAGGCAGCAAGGCAGCAUUCCCAGAGCCUGCCCCUAGACAAGCACCAUGGGGACCCAGCCAAGCCCCCAGCCUCCUCACAGUGUCAAGUGCAGUUCACCCCACCUCAGGAAUCUACCAUCCCCACAGGCACCGGGCAGCCCCCAGAUCAGGGGAGCCCCCACUGUUACUGCCCCAGCUCGCUAUGGAGGACACCAGAGCUCGAUGUGGGCACCAGAGACUCUCCUAGGCCAGAUGGGUUCUCAGAGGAGGGAGUGAAGGCAAAGACCCAGUGGGAUAAGGGAAGGCCUAUGAAGGAUGAGCAGUACCGAGUGAUCAGCUGGGGCCACAAGCAGCCACGGCCCAGCCCCCCCAGCCUGGCCCCCAGGGAGAUGGAGUCAGCCCAGGAGAAUGCAGAGCUGGAGAGCUGUCGGCCAGGUGUGACAAGCAGGCAGCACCCCUGCCGCAUGGACUCGGAGGAGCUGAUGCGAGAUGUGGCUGGCAGGGACAGCUCCCUGGCCAGUGUGUUGACCCCAGCUGCCAGCAUGGUGACGACAGCUAAGGUCAUGGGUGAGCUCUUCUCGGCGGGGGAUCAGCAGGCAUGGAAGGACCAAUGCCAGCAGGACUGGCUGCUGGAGAAGCAGGGGGAGGCAGUGGCCCAUGAAAGGCAGGAGUUCCAGCCCAUCUCGCCUCCCCCAGGUGGGGCUGUCAGCCCCACCUCCUACUCAGCGUAUUAUAACACCUCUGCGGGCAAGGCCGAGUUGCUGAACAAGAUGAAAGAGCUGCCAGACACAGCAGAGAGGACCUCUGAGGAUGAGGAGGUGGAUCAUGAGCUGGCACAGAAAAAGGCACAGCUCAUUGAGAGCCUCAGCAGGAAGCUGUCAGUGCUGCAGGAGGCGCAGCGGGGCCUGCAGGAUGACAUCAGUGCCAACUCAGCCCUGGGUGAAGAAGUGGAGAGCCAGCUCAAGAGUGUCUGCAAGCCCAAUGAGCUGGACAAGUUUCGCCUCUUUGUCGGGGACCUGGACAGGGUGGUCAACCUGCUGCUGUCUCUCUCGGGCCGUCUAGCACGUGUGGAGAAUGCGCUCAAUAGCCUGGGCCCUGAGGCCACUGAGGAGGAGAAGGUAGCACUGAUUGAAAAGAAGCGGCAGCUCUCAGAGCAACUGGAAGAUGCCAAGGAGCUGAAGGAGCAUGUGGGCCGCCGGGAGCGGGUUGUGUACGAGAUUGUGUCUCGCUACCUGCUGGAUGAGCAGCUACAGGACUACCAGCACUUUGUCAAGAUGAAGUCUGCCCUCCUCAUUGAGCAACGGGAGCUAGAGGAGAAAAUCAAGCUGGGGGAGGAGCAGCUUAAGUGUCUCAGGGAGAGUCUCCUGCUGGGCCCCAAAGAGUGUUAGUGCCCUGGCCUGCCCAGCAGCUGCCUUCUCAUGGGAUGAUGCCAGCAGGACCUAGAGCAGAGGUGGGGCAUCGAUGUGCCUUGCUGCCCACUGCAGUCUCCCAGAUCAUGGCCUUGGAGAAUGGCUUUGAGGCUGGUGUUCCCAUCUCAGCACAUGCACUAAUUCUGCAGGAGACUCAAGUGCCUUCUGGCUCCCAGGACCAGUUGGGCCCUGGUUACCAAUCAGUGAGUUCAUAAAAGACCUUGGACAGCCCCAAGAAUUCCAAGUCCUGAGCGCCCUGGGGUGCAGCUGUGCCAGCCAUCUCCUCUCACCAUUGGCCUGCCAAGAACCUGUUGGGUCACAGGUGCCAUCUCACUAACACCAGGAACACAGAGGCUCUGUACUGCAGGAGCUCUGCCAGGCCUACGAGUACCCACCCACCCACCCCCACUGGAGAGCAUACAGGGAUUUCUGGAGCUGAACUGGAAAGGAACCUGAUGACAUGGUGUCUUGAACACCCCAAAGGGAUGUUGCUUCAGCCUUCCCAGCCCUUGCCAAAGUGUGUGGCAGACACAGCUGUGAGCGAGAGAACCCAAGGGACUGAUGCUUGCUUCCUGUCAGCCAUUCUGCUGCAGGAGCCCUUGUCUGCAUGAACAUCCCAGCCACAGGCCUAGAGGGCACUGCUAACCAAGCACCAAGCCUGCAGGCAGCACUACCAAAGUGGAUCUUGUCCCAGUGACUGGUGUCUGGUCCUCUCUACACCUGUGCCUGCGCUUGCAUGUGGGAGUGUGGCUGGGGGGCAGGGGAUCCCUCUGAAAUGUUAUUUAUUUUUAUAUGUUAAGUUGCUUCUUAGCCAGUGAAGAGGGCAGGGUGUGGGGCAUUGCCGCAGCUGGAGCAUCUGCCCAGAGCCUGCCGUCCUGAUCAGCCCUGCCUCUGGGGAUGGGAUCUGGUCUGGGCUUCCUGGAUGAAGGGAACCCAGAUGAGCACUGAGAACUCAGCACCAAAGACAAGAAUUGCUCUUCCUCAGUGCUCCCAGGUAAGGAUGGCACAAGGCUUUCAAAUCACCUUCCCUUCCGGCCAGGUUCAACACCUCCCUGUCCUCCACGGGGGACUGCUCCCUGUGCCCUCUCACCCAAGGCCCUGCCCCUUGCAGUAGGCUCCUCUGUGCAGGAUGUUCAGAGUCCAUUCUGGCAGGGCACAAGAAUCCAGGUCAGAUCCAUCACUCAGUGACUUGUGUGGAUUCCUUCGUAACCAUGACAGCUCCACGCAGGGCAGUAGAAGCAGGUUGGGUUGUGACCUCCUGCAUCUAUUCCACCAGGGCACCUUGACAAGAGGCUGGGAGAUGUCUGCAGAGACCCUGUCACUGAUGGUGUCUGCUAACCUGUGCUUCAGGCUCCCAGCAUCUGCCUUGGACUCUGCAGUAUAUGGGAUCCCCAUGGAGUCCUUGGUCAUGUGCCUGGGGUGGGCACAGUGCUGCUGCAUGCUCUGCUAACACCUGCGUGCUGGUAGCAUCCCUCAGCCCCACCAGCGCUACUGUUGGGGUUGCCUGCACCCCAGCAUUCAUUGCACAUGCUAAGGCACAGGCUAUUCCUUGCUGAUCUCUGUGCCAUGUCCUGACUAUGCCAGCCCAGGUUCUGCCUCUUCUGGCAGGGCAGCUUGGUUGUAGUGGAGCACUGUUCUCCCCACAACCAGCUCUUCUGCUCUCUGCAAAAACUUGGUGCCAAAGUCACAUAGGGUUCAAUUGUAGGCAGAGCCAGGGCUGGAGUGCUGUGCCCUAGCAGAUUGGAUUUUGGGCCCCUUUCCUUCCCUGCCCACCCCACACCCCCACUGUGGGUGACAGGGCUGCCUGCAGUGACCCCAGUUGGGUUCAUCCUUGUGUUGCUUGUUGCCAAUAUCAGUCUCCCCAUUAGAGUGGCUGUUGCCAUACUGUGUGCCUUAUCACUAGACAAUAUCAAAUCGGUGAGCAGCUCUGGGGGGAGAAAGCACUAACCCAGGGACCCCACCCUCUGGUUGACCUCUUUCUGCAGGGACAUCUGGCUUGACCACUGCCUCCCCCCAUCCCUUCUGGCUCCCAACCCACAGCAAUGCUUGGGAUUUACUCUCAGCCCCUUGCUGGCCAGCAGAGUCCCUGGUGAACUGGUUCUGCACUAAUCAUAGGCCCUGAAUGGUGCCCUCAAGCUCUAGAAACCGGGGCUUCCUCACACUAAGUGCUGGCUCUUUGUGCUUGAGGUGUCCUGCUCCCUGCUCCUAUACUCCAAAGGGGCUGGCAAUGUAGGGUUAAUGUGUUACUUCCUUCACGCAUGUGGCUUCUAAAUAACCAAAGGAAUUUGCUGGGGACUUGCCACAAAUACUCGGCCCCUGACAUCCUCUUCCUCUCCAUUGUGUUUGGAACAAUAGUCUGAAUUCACCGAGCACUUAACUCUAGCUGUGCUGUGCUGGGCACAUCCAAGGCCCAGGCAAGUAGCCCUAGACCCUGCUCUCCUUCAUCUGAUUGAGGCACCAUCUUGGUCCCAGGGUGCCAUCCACCUGGUUACUCACUUCUGCAGGGAGGAGGAGGGUGGCUUAUUCAGGUGCUGCCCACUCAAGCUCCUGGCAAGACUACACUGCCUCCUGGGAGCAGUCCUUGUCUAGUCUACUACCCCUAGGAGCUUAAAAGGCAUCACUGGGAUGCAAAGGCUGCUGCCCCAAGCUGGCCUGUCCUCACAGCCUCCUUUGGAAUGGCCCCCUGCUGUAGCCUUGCAGCCCACCAUGGUGUGUAGAAGAGCAGGGCCAGAAGGUGCUAGCACUUGUGCAGAUGUGAGCAUCUCCCUACCGUGGGCUUUCUGGUGACAGAAAGUCCUGAGUGAAAUUCUAGGGCCCAGAGGGUUUUAGUGCUUGCUGCGCAGAGCCUCCAGCAGGGCCCAGCCAUCUCACAUGUCAUAGCAACCAGAAUCCCUCCUGGCUGCAUUGUAAGGGGGCGCUGUGACAUAGUGGACCUCGGCUUUCAGCAGUGCCCCGUGGCAGGGAAGCUGCUCUAACUUGGCACAGGUACCAUGACAUUGGGGAACCCAGUUUCCAAGGUCCCAGCUGCUUGCCCUUGACCUGUGUUGUGGUCCCAGUACCACUCGUACCAUUGUGCCUUAUAAAAAUGGGAUGGGGUUGCCCCAGGAAGGUUACACACAUGUCCAGUGGGGCACAUGGAAGGGGGCUUGGGAGCCAGUCGUAGUGCUAGAGAGGAGUUGAGCUCCCACUGAUUUUCAUUGUGAGUUGUAGAUGCUCAGUACCAGCAGGGAUCAGUCCUCAUAUCAGCACAGGGCUGCCCCUCCAGUACUCCACUCUGUAGCCCCUGGACAGGCAGUGGGAAAUCAACCAUAGCUGAAUGUCCUGUUACGUGUCAUUGUGGCCAUGGAUCCAUUCUUACCCUUUGGUCUGGUGACCAGGACAGACAGGUCAGGGAGGGUCCUUGGGACAAGUGUUUUAAAAAAGAAUAUGCUGAAGCUAACCUAACCCCUUAAUGAUAUAAAAAUAUCACUUAAAAAUUGUCAUUGGUCAUUUGCUGAUGACUCAUCUGGGUCACAUUCCAGAAUGGGAAUAGAGAUAUUGUUUUUGGGUUAGCGACCAGGGGAAUAUAGCUAGGAACACUAAGCUCUUCUGAUACUCCUACAAGCACUAAUGGCACCACACUACAGUUCAAAUGAGGCUUUUCCCUCAUGGGGUAGUGCGAGUUAACCCUUCAGUGCCCCUCAAAUCCACUGCAAAGCCCUUUCAAAGCAAUUGGACAUAAGCUUUUUGCUGAAUUUGCACAUGCAUAUUUUCCAAUCAAGCCGGGAGCCCUGAAACCAAAUGAAACUGGAUUUAGCCAAAAAGGAAAUAGCUGCUUUAGAAAAAUACACAACUGAUUAGCUACUAGAUGAAAGUUGAGCAAUUAAAAUGUUAUGUGAGAAUGAAGUGCACAGGGCUGGACAUGUUAGUUAAGGGCAUCCUGUUGUUACAGGAGGUGAUUAAAGCCAUGGGAAAAAAAGAAGGCCUCUUGAAACAAUACAGGAAUUCUGAACUGGAAAUCUUCAUUGUUUUCCAUUCCGGGCUCUGGAUUUCUACUGUGCAUAAAAUUCCUGGAAUUCUUGCUUACAAUUAGCAGGUGUGAAGAUACAGCCCCCUUUCUAACAACUUUCCAAGCCAGUUUGGGAACUUAGAAGGGACAUGAUCAGCACUUAUUUCUGAUGGCAAAGCCUCCUUAGCAACCAGGACUCUUGUCAUCCUCUAUGCUAUCUGCUUGACCUGUUGUGUUUCAUUCAGCUUUGCUGUGGAUGAAGGCUGGUGUGUGUUGCCUUGCUUGUAAUCAGCUUCACCCCCAUGAUGUUCUGUGUGGUGGCACAGGCUCUGGGGAGGUGAGUGUCUGAGGCCGUGGGGCGGUUUAGAUGCUACCUCCCUCCAAAACACUUUAGUGGAUUGCUUUCUUUCAUCCUCUUUUCUAAAUGCACACACACAGACUCCCCACCCUUCCCUCUCCCAAAACCUCCUAUGGCUCUGCAUUAUUAUUACACUGUUUUAAGGGCCUGAAAAUCAAUCACUUACACACAUACAUGCGCAUACCCACCAGCCAUCACCACACUCACUCCAAGACACAAACCUGCUACAACCUUGUGCUCAUUGCCAGGGCCUGCUCUCACCUCAGUCCCCCGCCAUGCUGCCUUUCCUUCAUGGCUCAUAAGAGACUGGCUGAUGCUCCACAACAUCAGUCUCCUAGUGGCCCAAUAAAGCCAUGUUGGAAUCUGAACACACAAUAUGUCCUCCCUGCCCUCAUUCCAUUGCGUUUGCCUCAAAGGGACUGGCAAAGACAUGAGCAGCUGGGGCACAGGAUUGAGGAGGAGAGGUGUGGUGUGGUACCAGCUGAUCACUGCCCAGUUCCCUGCUGGGAGCUUGGUGUGGUCAUGGGCAGUGGGAAAUUAGUGUGUUCACAGCCUGGCUGCCCUUCUGUUCAGGGUGGCAGCUCAGGCUCCAUCCUGUGUAGCCUGAGCUCUCUCCAGAAGUCUCAGAAUUGGUUUCCCCUUGGUUAUAAGAUAACAUUUUCCAUCCUUUCUCUCAGCAUUGAGACCCUCCCAAUGUACUCCUUUCUGCUAGCACCCCUCAAAUUGUGACUGUGGAGAAGAGGUACCUGUAUGGGGGAGACUAUCAGAAAUGCCCCCAGCUUAGGGGAAGGUGCUAUCUCUGAAUUGUCCUCUAGAAAGGAGUGUGAUGGGCUUGUGUGUGCAGCUACUGCUCUGCCCAAGGGCCAGGCCUUGUUUCCCUAGGCUAGCAGGGACCAGAGAUGUGUGUAGCCUGUGGUAGGAAGGGAAAAUGGAUCAACACCAUUCCCUUCUGGUAGACAUGAGAACAGCACAGGAGGCCUGAGGGAGGUUGCAGGGAUAGUGAGAAUGGGAACAUGCUGAUUUGAAAUCAUGAUUUCUCUGUAGGAAAAUGCAGUGCCUGGUGGUGUUUGGAGCUGUAAGUGACCAAGCAGGGUUGCACUGCAGCUUCUGCUGCCUCACACCUGCUUGGUGUCACUAUAUAACCCUUAUUGCCAGGAGUUAGUAUCCAGUUAGACACUGAUGCACAAGACUCUGCGGGUGUUUUAAUUAAAGUGACUCUCAGAGCCACUCUAAUUAAAGUGCCCUACCCCUGAAGCAUGUGUAAAAUGUACCUUUGGUGAACAUGAGAAACUGCAUCAACCACCCACCCCCAGCCCAGUCAGGGCCACUCCAACUGCCAGGUCUAUGGGUGGGGACUUUUGGGAUCGCAUUGCCUUAUCUGCAGCAUGUUCUGCUUUCCCCCCAGCAAGCAGCAGCAGCUUUGUGCAGCUGCCAGAGCUGUACAUUACACAGUACCUCCAUGUGUGCCUCAAAGAAAUUUGUUACUGUGCUUGGCAAUGCUCAGCACUCUGGGGUGCAUAUCUCUUGCUCAGGAGGGGUGGGGAGGUGUGCAGGAGGGCUGGGUUCUGCUACAUUAAAUGGUGCUAAUGACCAAGAGCC